AGGUACAAGCAUGCUACAAAGCAGCAUCACAGUCAUUUUCUUCAUAAUCUCAUGGCGGAUUACGGGAGUCGUGAGUACAAAAGAGGAAGAGCACGUUAGCUUUUCCAACAAUGGAAUGAAAACCAGUAUUGUAUUGGUUCCUGGAAAACAAGCCUAUUUUCACAAAAUCUAUGUUGGUAGUAAACAAGAGAAGUUUAACGUUGCUGUAUCUUUGCGCAGUUCCUUGUUGUGGAUACCAAGCGUAACAUGCAAAAGUGCUGCUUGUGCGAGUAGGAAUAAGUUUCACCCAAAAGAGUCAGAUACAUUCGUCAAUAUUUCUCGAUCGUGGUCUCAGCAGACUUACGGCACCGUCUCUGGCGUGCAUGGAAAAGACAACGUGAGGAUUGGUUCUGCCGAUGAGAGGCAAUUGCUGGUCAGUUGCAUCUUCGGGAUGGCUACUGUUGUAUCAGAUGACUUUGGUAAAAAUAUGGCUGGUUGCGAUGGAAUGCUCGGCCUUGGAGUGAGAAACGACAGUAGAAUCCCUAGUGACCCUUUUCUGUUGCAGCUUGAUAAGAGCAAGACUUUGGAUCGAACGAUGUUCACAGUCUACAUGAACCAAAAUUCACAAAACUCGAAUGCAGGGAGUGUGAGUUAUGGUGGCACGGAUUCCGGAAAUUGUCCAACGAGUCCUAAGUACCACCUAUUACUAUCAAAUACUUUUGUCCGCCUCAAGACAAUUUCGAUGGGAGCAUCGUUCAAAAUUGGCCAAACAACAAUGAUGCCCGAGCUUGUUCACAACAUUGUGGGCCCAAAAGAAGAUGUGGAUAGGUUAGCAAAAAGUGUAGGAGCGAAGUUGAACAACGAAUAUUUUUACGAAAUUGGUUGCGGUGCGAACGUACCGGAUUUCAAAUUCUCUAUUGACAACGCAGAGUAUACAAUCACCUCGGACAAGCUGAUCGUGAAGGUUCCGCAGUCAUCAACUGGUUGUGCGCUUGCUUUCAAAUUUCACCAAGUUUCUGGUGAUCCAAGAUGGUACUUUGGAGCUCCGCUCUUUAUGCAAUACUGCGUCACCUUCGAUUACACAGGAAAGAGUUUAGGAUUUGCCGACGUGAAAAAUUCUAACACAACAACUCGACCAGUCACAACGUUGAGACCAAGAAAGCUAGCACCCGUCCUUCAUUACGCUGGAAUCCUCGUGUCGAUGCUCAUCGCACUCAAUUUGGUGUAAUCCCAUGCCCACCUUGAUGUAUAAUAAAAUUUGCCAAUA